AUGCCUCACCGGGCACCCGCUUUGAUACCUCAAAUUAGCUAUGCCUCCUACUCGUAUGCGUCUUCUCCACGACAACAAGUCGCCCAAAGUCACUCCGACCGAGCUUCCUACACCGACGAUCUCCUCGCGCUCAGAGUCCAUCUGCGGAGCCUCCUGAAACGGGGACAAAUCUCGAAACCAGUCGGGUUUCCCUUCCACAGCGUCCCCGGGAGCAAGGGCCGACCUUAUGAAAUCUCGUACAAUUCGUAUGAGUUUUCCGAAUACUUGUAUUUGGACCCCCGCGCAAAGCCUCAUUGUGCUACAUUCUCUUAUGCUGCGCCGAAUUCCGCCUCAAGGAUGAUGACCUGGAGAAUAAGUGUCCCUGCACGAGAAUCUAUAUAUCAUCGACAUGCUCGAGGACAACUUGAAAUUGCCCACGUGGAAGUCGAUCCCCUGGUCAUGGAGACACCCUUUGGCUUUAGACUCAUGACGGAACCCCAUAUCUUGCUCGAGGCACUCGCGAUAUCAGUAGAACUCGGCAUCCUCAUCAACAUCCAAAUUGCAAACUCGCGGACACCCCACCGGCAUCACACGAAACGGGGCAUAUACUACGAACCAGGCGAGGUCGUUUUCAUCGCUGUCGACAACAACGGUCGUUCUGAAGUCGUCUCCGUCUUCGAACAUGACGAGUACGUUUCAUGA